CCACCAAAGAGCCCACACACACACACCACUAUUUAAGCGAAAGAAGGAGGUAGAGAAGAAGAGGAGGAGCAACAAAGAUCACAAACCCUAAUUCCUAAAGCUUGGUUUGGAGGAUCCUUGAGAACAACAAAUAUGACUUCCAUAGAGCAACAACUUAAUCUUGUGGUGGUCGCACAACCAAUUAAUGCUAUUAAGGAUGCUGAUAUCCUCGAAAGACUUUGGAAAGACUUCGAAGACCAACUAUGGAAAGCCAAGACGAUAGCAUCAGAACGUCUCCGACUUGGUGGAGAUUCAUCAGUUGCGCCUACAUUCCCAAUGAUAGAGACAAACGCAUCAGAUAACACUGAUGAAACCUCUAGAAAAACUCUACGCAAAAGGGGAAGAAAGACAACUUCCAAGGUUCUCUUCCAAGUGCCUUUUUCUUUUCAACCUCCUGAAUUUUGUUUGAAGGAAAACAUCAACCUGGAGAUAGUAUUAUUAAAUCGAUUCAAGAAUGAAUCAAGUUGGGGGAACCACGUUCCCAAAUUUUCUGUAGAAGAAAGAUUAAAAAAUUGGGUCAUCGAAAAAAGGGAACGCAUGCAAAGCAAGGACAAAGAAAAACCUGACGCUAAAAUGCAAGAUUAUUACUAUAUUCAUUCAGCAUCGCAGAAGACAUUUAGAGAAGGAGAUUAUGUCGUGGGAUGAUGAUGAAAUGGGGCUAUAUAAGAUGGUUGACAUUAAUGAAAUUGAAAAUGAACUGAUGAUUCAAGAACUGUUGAACCAGCUGGGAGAAUUGUUGUUUAAUUUGUGAUAUCAUUGAUGCCCCAAGCAUGUGUGUAAUUUUUAACAUUGUAUGUGUGUUUGCACGCAUGUGCAUGCUAUUGAGAGAGAAAGAGGUUAGUCAUAUCUAGAGUUGUACCAUGUCUUGUAUUUUGGGAUUAUUAGUUUUUAUUUUUUUU